CACUUUUUAGUUUGCUUGUCGAUUCAUGAUAAUUGUCGGCGUCACAACUUGCUAGCACUCAAAUACUAACGUAGUCUAAUAGGAAAACCUCUCAAGCCAAGAGUUAAAGAUCUAAAAAUGAGUGUCCCCGCACCAGCGCCUGCAUUUAAAAUUGGAAUUGUAAAGCAGGUAUUGUCAGGGGAUACCAUUGUUAUAAGGAAGCAGCCAAUUGGAGGGCCACCUCCAGAGAAGACAAUUACACUUUCUGGUAUUUCUGCUCCGAAAUUAGCCCGGCAAAGAACACCAAAUAGUGACAUUGAAACACCUGAUGAACCAUUUGCAUGGGAGGCUCGUGAAUUUUUAAGGAAAAAGCUGGUUGGAAAGGAAGUCAUUUUUACAUCUGAGAAACCAGCAAACUCAACUAAAGAGUAUGGAAAUGUUUGGGGAGGGAAAGAUGCCAAUAAGGAUGAGAACAUGACACAUGCUUUGCUAGCUGAAGGUCUUGUGAAAGUUAGGGAAGGUAGUAGGAAUAUUCCACAGUUAAAGAAGCUUGUGGAAAUUGAGGAAAUGGCAAAAUCGCAAGGGAAAGGUGUUUGGGGAACCAAUGUACAGAACCAUGUGAGACAAAUCAAAUGGAAUAUUGAAAAUCCAAAACAGUUUGUGAAUAAAAUGAAUGGUGAGCCAAUUAAAGCUAUAAUUGAAUAUGUUAGAGACGGUUCAACAGUCCGAGCAUGUCUUCUUCCUGAUUAUAUACCAAUCACAUUGAUGAUGUCUGGAAUAAGGUGUCCAGUGAUCAAACAAGAUGGUGAAGCAGAGCCUUUUGCUGAUGAAGCACGUUUUUUUGUGGAGUCUAAGCUGCUACAGAGAGAUGUUGAAAUUAUACUAGAGUCUGUCAACAAUAAUAAUUUUGUUGGAACCAUUCUACAUCCACUUGGAAAUAUUGCAGAGGCACUGUUAAUUCAAGGGUUUGCAAAAUGUGUUGACUGGUCCAUUGCUGUUAUGAAGUCUGGUGCACAAAACCUCAGGAAGGCUGAAAGUAUCGCCAAAGCAAACAAGCUUCGUAUAUGGACUAAUUACACCAGUACAGCUCCUUUGAUUCCUGCUAAAGAUAAACAGUUCUCCGGGACAGUCAUGGAAAUUGUGAAUGGUGAUGCUAUUGUAGUAAAAACCUUAAAUAAUGUGCAGAAGAAAGUAUUUCUAUCAAGUAUUAGACCCCCACGGGAAAAGCAAAAUGAUGAGGAAGGUAAGCAGUCACCAAGACCUAAAGGCUUCAAACCUCUCUAUGACAUACCAUGGAUGUAUGAAGCCCGUGAAUUCCUCAGGAAAAAAUUAAUUGGAAAAAAGGUUAAUGUUACUGUUGAUUAUAUUCAACCUGCUAAAGACAAUUUUCCUGAGAAGAUUUGUUGCACUGUUGUGUCUGGUGGAAUAAACAUCGCAGAAGCUUUAGUCAGUAAGGGGUAUGCCACUGUAGUGAAAUACAGAAAUGAUAAUGAUCAGAGAAGUUCACACUAUGAUAAGUUAUAUGAGGCAGAAGUAAAGGCUCUAGGACUGGGAAUUGGAGUUCAUGCGAAAAAAGAUAUACCAACUCAUAGAAUACAGGACACCAGUGGUGACCCUGCUAAGGCUAAAAAAUUCUUUCCUUUCUUGAAGAGGGCAAAGAAAACUGAGGCAGUUGUUGAAUUUGUUGCAAGUGGGUCCCGCAUGAGACUGUAUAUUCCAAAGGAAUCUGUUUUAGUUACAUUUUUAUUGGCUGGUGUUAACUGCCCAAGGGGCGCUCGGCCUACUGUUGGAGGUGGUGGAGUAGUAGAAGCAGAACCCUUUGGCGAGGAUGCUUUGAUUUUCACAAAGGAAAAAUGUUUGCAACGUGAUGUAAAUGUCACAAUUGAAGAUAUCGAUAAAGCUGGAAAUUUCAUUGGCUGGCUUUGGCUUGACAAUGAAAAUAUUUCUGUCUCAAUUAUUGAACAUGGUUUUGCUACAAUGCACCAUACUGGCGAAUCAUCAGAAUUCGCGCGUCAACUGAAGAGUGCAGAAGAAACAGCACGAAACAACCACCUUGGCAUCUGGAAAGAUUAUGUAGAAGUAGAAAAAGAAGUUGAGAAGGAGAAAAAUACUAUUGUUCAGGACCGCACUGUCAAAUAUGAGAAAGUUAUUAUAACAGAUAUCAGUGAAGACGGCAGAUUCUUUGCUCAAAACAUAGAGCUAGGUACUAAAUUAGAGGCAUUAUUGGAUGAAAUACGUCAAAACUUGAAAUCAAAUGCACCUCUCCCAGGAUCAUUUACUGCUAAAAAAGGGAAUAUAUGUGCGGCCCAAUUCUCAAUUGACAAACAGUGGUAUAGAGCUAGGGUUGAAAAAAUAACAGAGAACAAAAGAGCACAUGUUUUAUAUAUUGACUAUGGAAAUAGAGAGGUGGUUGAUUGUAGCAGCCUAGCAAUGCUACCAGCUAACACAGCAUCUGAUCCUCCUUAUGCAACUGAAUAUGUACUCUUUGGAGUAAAAUUCCCAUCUGAUCCUGAAGAUAGAGCAGAAGCUGUAAGGGCUCUGUCUUAUGAUACCCUUAACAAGAGACUACUCUUAAAUAUUGAAGUACGAGGGUCUCCUUCAGCCGUCACAUUAGUGGAUCCCUCUAAUAAUAAUUUAGAUCUUGGCAAGAAUCUAAUAAAGGAGGGUCUGGUCGUGGUGGACGGUGUGCGCGACCGUCGGCUGGCGCCGCUGGUGGCGGAGUACCGCGCGGCUCAGGAGAGCGCCCGGCGCUCGCGACUCAACCUGUGGUGCCACGGCGACAUCACGGAAGAUGACGCCGCCGAGUUUGGAGCGCGCCGCUAACAUUCCCACCUCACUUGAUCACUUCAACCACCCGACAUGCUAGUUUGAUACUAACUGUACCGUAAAAAGAAAUGAAUUUAGUUAAUUUUGUUGAUUGAUUUAUUCUAAUUUAUUAUUUAAAUAUAUUAUUAUACAUAAAUGUUUAUAAAAGCAAUGUCAUUGUCACUACAAUCUGUUUUAUACCUGUAGUAUCGUUAUACUUUUAGAAUGUGUUCAUUGCAAUAUUUUUUAAAUCUAUAUUAUUUUUAUUUUACUAUAUUUUUGUAGUCAAUUAAAUAAUUAUUAAUGCAUAAUGUGUAAUAAUAGAUAAGUGUGAUUUUUGUCUAAAUUAUAAUAAGUCUGAAAGUGUUAAAUGAUACAGAUAAUAAAUAAUUAUAUAAUCAAGUUUGUUUUGCAGACUGGAUUGAUAAAAACUUGAUAUAUACUCAUUAAAUAUAAAUUGUCAACAAGUAGUUGUACUAGAGAAUAUUGUUAUAUUAUAACUAUGUACUUAUUUUGUGAAAAUCCCUUGAUUUUUCUCUUUCAAUUCCUGUUCUGCAGAAAAGGUACCUAAUACACUGUGUGCAUAAUUUGUUAACUUUUUCAACAAAUAAAUAAUUUUGCAAAUACAUUAAUAAACGUCCUUUAUUUACAAAUAGAAGUGUUAACUGACUCUAAACUUAUUGGUGAAGGAUCCUUGCUAAAUUGCUUCAGCACACAUGUAAAAUAUCCAACCAGUUGUACAAAAUUUGAGGAAUUCCUCUAAAAAGCCGUAAAUAUAAAUAUAUUUAUUUUUAUAUAAUUCGGCUCAUUCGAUUCGGAAUGUCGUCAAGAAUUAUGGAAUUUAUUUCAAACAAGGAAUCGAGUAGGUUGAAUAAUGUUAUUACAUAAUAUUCUUGUUAGGUAUAUUUAAAGCUGAUGGCCUCGUUGUCAAUGUUAAUAUAAAAACAAUAAAUAAAUUUUCUAAAAAGUAAAAAUGGUAUGCAAUCAUUGUUGAUAAACGUGUAAUAAAUUACACGUUUAUCUCUAUCUAUCUAUAUAAAAUUAAAAAGUAUCAAAAUUUAUCAGUGGUAAGAGCAAAUAUUUGCAUUUAAUAUGAGAACAUUAUAAUGUGUAGUGCCAAAAAAAAAUUAUAGCAUUAUAAUAACUACAAAACCUGCACAGAGGUGUCAUAGCUGAUGUCAUAGAAAAAUCCAAAAUUUUUAAAAAUGUUACUGCACGGAAUAAAUACAUGAGAGUAUUGACAAAUGGCCGCUAUCGUAAGUACUUGUGUUGUUGGUAUUAUGUGUAUUGUGAUUUUUCUGGAAGAACAAAGGCUAUGCGUUUUGUUAUUUGAGUUUUAGACCUAUAUCUGUUGAGUUACUUUGUUCACUAAUACAUAAUAUAAUCAUUAUACAGUGAUUAUUUUGUUAUUAUUUGUGACAAUGUGAUUAAGUAAAUGCGAAAAAUAUUAUAAUUACUGUUAUAGAAGGAAUAAUUAAUGACUUCAAAAAUUA